AUGUUGACUGAAACUUUGUCAUCAAGAAAACAUUAUUUCUCUUUCAGCAAUCUCCGUCUGCAAAAACGUUUGGCUUCGGCCGUAUUGAAGUGCGGAAAGCACCGUGUUUGGCUUGACCCCAACGAGGUCAGCGAAAUCUCUGGAGCCAACUCCCGCCAAAGCAUCCGCAGACUCGUCAAUGACGGACUCAUCAUCCGCAAACCAGUCACCGUUCACUCCCGUUUCCGCGCCCGUGAAUACGAGGAGGCCCGCAGAAAGGGACGUCACACCGGUUACGGAAAGCGCCGUGGUACUGCUAAUGCCCGUAUGCCUGAAAAGACCCUCUGGAUCCGACGCAUGCGUGUCCUCAGAAAUCUUCUGAGAAGAUACAGAGACGCCAAGAAGUUGGACAAGCAUCUUUACCACGAGCUCUACCUCCGCGCCAAGGGAAACAACUUCAAGAACAAGAAGAAUCUCAUCGAGUACAUCUUCAAGAAGAAGACUGAGAACAAGAGAGCCAAGCAACUUGCUGACCAAGCUCAAGCUAGACGUGACAAGAACAAGGAGAGCCGUAAGCGCCGUGAGGAGAGACAAGUCGUCAAGCGUGCCGAGCUCCUCAGAAAGAUUUCCCAAAGCGAGAAGAUCAUCGCCGGAAAGCCAAGAACAUCGAAUAAUAUUCUAUUGGCACAUGUUUAUCAAGGCUCGGCUGUUAGUAAAACAAUCGAAGUGACGUAUCAACAUGAAAAGUUCAAUCUAGACGAUUGGUUUCAUAUUUCGAUUCAAUUCAACUCUACACUCAAUUUAUGCGAACCACAAAAAUUAGAGAUCGAAGUGGAAUUAUUAUACAUGGACCGUUACCAUCCACCUCAAUACGAAUCAUUCCUGAAGGUGACAAAACGCAUCGUGGAGAUUCCUUUAGAUCCGACUCGAUUAGUCGCCGCCGCCCGUUCUUUGUAUUUCGAUAGCGGUUACCUGUCAGCAAUCACAAUGUGUGUAUAUAGUAGUCUUGUAAUGGUUGCGACGAGACAAAGAAGAGCAAACGCUACAGAAUCGACAUCAUCAGUAAAAAGCACAAAAUUACGACGAGUAUACAAUUCCUCGGCUCAUGCUCUCCUAUUCGCCACACGAUCCAUUCAACAAUUCAUCGUUCGCAACUCGGAACUAAUAAAUGCAUCGGUUUCUGUUGCGAUUCUCGACGUUCAAACUGAAAUGAAAGCUGCACUUUUGCGGUUCGACAGCUCAGAGCAUCCGACGAGAUGCGUGGAAGCAGAUAUUUCUGAAUGGAGUGCAAAGAUUACUCUUAUUUAUCAGCAGAUGUUAGUGUUAUUCCGAAGAUCAACUGAGCUCAAUCAACAACUGCUUCUUGUGUUUGAUAAACAACGUCGUGCAGUGUUUCGUGAAGCGUUUUGGAUAACUGAGCGACCGAUUGAUAAAUGUUGUAUCAGAACACCUGUGGCAGUUCUCGAACACUAUAAGUCGAUUAUCAAAGUGGACUACCUCAAGAAAUUACCUCGUUGCACAAUUUUCUGCGAAGAAACUGAUUGUCCUGGGGAAUAUUGUCCAAUCAUUUUCGAAGAUGUUUUCUCUAGAAAUCCGAAUGAAGCUUUGCAAGUGAAUCGUACUGGCCAAGAGGUUUCCUCUACUUUACCGAAUAGCGCAUCGAUGCCAGUUGUGAAGGCACACGAUAAGCAUAAGUCAUUUCGGGAGAAAAUACGAAAUGAAACAAGAAAAUUGAUUCAUCCAAGAAGAAAAAGUUUGGAUUGCUCGCAGUCUUUAUCUCGGAAAGUGGAUAACAAAUCUCGAAAUCGUACGAAGACGGUGGUAGAGACCGUUUCUGCAGAUGGAGUUGGCCUUUUGCUCAAGACACCACCCUCAGAAGUUGUUGAAGGAAUCAAAAAUGUUCCGAUUGCGUCGGAAGAAACUGUUGAUAGUCCAAGUUGUCACAGUGAGCCAAUUGCAUCUCCAUCUUCGUCUUCAGAAUUCGGGCGUUGUUCGGCUGCUGGUGAGUUUGAUCCAGCGAAUGAUCAAAUUCCAUUGGUUUCGAAAGAAAGUAUCACUUCUGAAGAGGUCCGCAACGCUCUCCGAACCUCAGUUUCUGCAGACGACGUUCUUUCUCUCUCUGCUCGUAUAGCUGGUCCAUCACAAGUCGGAACGCUGUCUCAAGCAGCUGAUCAAAAGCUAACAGAAGAACAUCCGAAAGAUAUAAUGGCUGCGUUUGAACUACUCAGAGAACGAGAGGCCGCGAAAAAAAUGUUGAGAGAGCAGGCCAAUUAUGAGGGUCACCUCUAUAGCGAGCAAUCCGGAAAAUCAGCGUUCGGUCCUGUCUUCACUCCAAUAAAGUCCGCAUUAGUGAUUGGUGAUCCAGUUCUUCGCUCCGCCACCAAAAAUCAUUUAGUUGUGUUUGUCCACGGAUUAGAGGGAUCCCAUGAGGAUCUAGUUCCAUUCCGAUGCGGUCUCGACCAGGCUAUCAAUGCUCACUAUCAUGGAAUUCAAAUGGAAGGAGAGGAUUUUGAAGAGGAACCAUGGUCAUUCGAUUAUUUGAUGAGUAGCGCGAAUCGGAGUCAAACUUGGGCAGAUAUCACUACAAUGGCACAUAAUUUAUUGUCAGAAGUUAGAGAAUACGUUGAGGAGGCACGAUUUGAUAUUCAGAGAAUCAGUUUCAUGGCUCACUCUCUUGGCGGAGUUAUCGUACGAAGUGCCGUCGGUUUGGCACCGGAACUGGAAAUGCAGUGGAUGGUCGAUAGAUGUUUUACUCUGAUGACAAUCAAUUCACCGCAUCUCGGUCUUGCCUACGUUCAGAAGCACAUUCAUUGGGGAGUUCAAUUCGUGAAGUGGUGGAAAAAAUCUCGAUCAAUGGAGCAAUUAUCAUUCCGAGAUUCCCUUGAAUUCGCAUCUUCUUUCGUUUACAGAACUUCUCUGAAUAGUUCGUGUGGGAAGUUCAGAAAUGUGUUGCUGGUUGGAACACCACAUGAUCAACUAGUUCCGUACAUGUCUUCCCUGUUAGUCCCAUCAAAAAUCUCGUCAGAAGAUCAAUCACAAUUUGGAGAGGCUUAUAGAGAAAUGAUGUCGGCGUGUUUGAAUUCUAUCAAAAACAGUGAAAAGAGUGAAACACUGGUCCGAUACACCACAUUUCAUCAGUUGGGGUCAUCGAAUACUCAGAAGCUCACUGGAAGAGCUGCACACGUCAUUGCUUUAGAAGAUUCGGUGUUUAUUGAGAAGCUCUUCAACAUCUCCGCCGUCAAGUAUUUUGUAUAA